CACUCACUCACUCACUCACUCACUCACUCACUCACUCACUCGCACGCACGCACGCACGCACCGUAACGCUGGCGACUUUUGUUUUCGUUUAGAGAAAGCUUUGUCUCUUCGUUGCUUUCAAUACCGACAGAAGCACAUCAUCCGCUACCGCGACGAGAGGCUGAACAAGAUGGCCGACACGCUGUCGUGCGUGCGGCUCGUCAAGUUCUACGCCUGGGAAGAGGCCGUCACUCAGGCUGUGAGCCGACUGCGUGCCAGGGAGGGCCGCCUCCUGUUCUUCUCCAACUUACUCAACGGCUUCACCGAAUCGCUACAGUCUUGUUCUAAUUCCGUGAUGAUGAUAUUACUUCUGGGCACUUAUGCUGCUUUGAACCGGCCGGUGGUACUGACAGCAGCGCAUUCUUUUUCUGCUCUCUACAUGCUGUUCAUCAUUGAUAUGGUGUUCAAGAACAUGCCUACGGUGUUUCGCUACGGGAGUAUGGUAUCACAUGGUCUGAAAAGAAUGAUGAAGACCCUCACAGCCGAAGAGGACGUCAUUGGUGCGGAUGUCAAAGAAAACUUGGAAGUCCGGAAAGGUGCAGUGUUGCUGGAAAAGUGCACGUUUUGCUGGAGUGGGCUAGAGAGAGGCAAACGUAAAUCGUUAGGUCCAGACACACCCACACUCUACGACGUCAGCCUUGACAUCGCCCCGGGUACCCUGCUUGGCGUCGUCGGACUCGUAGGAAGCGGAAAAUCUGCGCUGCUGGCGGCUAUACUGGGCGAGCUGCGGCGGCUUCGUGGAACCGCACGCGUUGGGGGCAGGGUGGCGUACCUCCCGCAGACGGCCUGCAUCUUCAACAUGCCCAUCCGUGACAACGUGCUCUUCGGGAGGCCCAUGGAACCGUACCGCUACCACCGUGUGCUCGAAGCGUGCGACCUGGCUCGAGACCUCGAGCUCCUACCGGGCGGUGACCUCACCGAACUUGGAGAGAAGGGAGAUACGCUAAGUGGAGGGCAGAAGCAGCGGGUGGCUCUGGCUCGAGCCGUGUACAGUGACAGCGAUGUCUACCUCAUCGACGACACUCUCAGUGCUUUGGAUGUGCACACAGCUGCCAAGGUGUUUGCACGGGUGAUCGGACCCGAGGGCCUUCUCAGGGACAAAACACGAAUAAUGGUCUGCAGUCAAGAGGCAUUCGUGAAGCACGUCGACAAGCUGCUGCUUCUGUCGGACAACCGAGUCGUUCCGUACGGGUCCCUUUCCGAGCUGAACGCGGACGCCGUGGCUCCGAAAACGCUGCUGUUUGGCAGCAGGCAGAAGGCGCCAUCCACUGCGAAGCGCCGUGACAGCGGCUGCGACGCGUUGCUCACAGUUGAAAGUGGCGUCGCGGCACAGCUCACCUCUCAGGAAAUCCGCGACACGAGUUUGACUGCCGUGGAGCUGCUGCGCUCCUUCGUGACCAUGUCCGGCGCCUGCCUGCCCCUGGCCGUGCUCUGCAUCUUGGCACACGCGGUGGCCGUGUGGCUGUUUCUUAUCGGGACCAAGGCUUGGACAGACGCGAGCACCGCCGUACCGUUCGGGGACGUGUCCACGACAACCUGGGUCACGGUGUUGGCCGCACUCUGUCUCUGCGACUUGCUCCUGUGCUCGCUGGGCGGCUUCCUUUUGGCGCUCUCCUUCCGGCGACUGUCGGCGCGAGUGCAUGCCUCCAUGCUCCGUCGCGUGCUGAGCUGCGCGCUGUCCUUCUUCGAGGCGACGCCCCGCGGACGGCUACUGAAUCGCUUCUCGGCCGACCUGCACCAGGUCGACUGCCAGCUGUGCGUGACCGGCAAGGAGGUGCUGCAGGCGGUCACCGUGGCCCUGGCCAACCUCGCAGCCGCAGGAUCGCAGGCGCCCGCCGCCGCCGGCCUGGGAGUCCUCGCCCUGGCCGCCUAUCUCGUCGUGGCGGUGGUGACGGUGCGGGCGUCCAGCGCGCUCCGGUGCCUGGAGAGCGCGUGGCUGUCGCGGAUGCUGCAGCAUCUGACCGAGACGCGCGACUCGAUGAGCAGCGUGCGCUGCUACGGCGCGGCCGCCCUGGUGUGCGGCCGCUUCUACCGGCUCGUCGACGGCGCACUGCGGCCGUUCUGGGCUCUGGUGGCUUGCGUGCGGCUGACGGGCCUCGCCGGUGCCGCCGCGGGUCUCUGCGCCGUCGUCGGAUCGCUGCUGGCCGUUUCGCUUGCCGACUCCGGACUGUCCCAGAGCGGGCUCGGCUUGGCCCUGAGUGCCUCCAUGUCGAUUUCGAUGUCGCUGGCUGCUGUGAACGCGUCCUUGUUCUUCUGCUUCCUGAAUGCGAUCUCCUUCGAGCGGGCUCUCGAGUUCACCAGGCUACCGCCGGAAGAGGACACUGGCCACAAAGACGACUCACAUAAACCACAAAAAGGGAAGAAGGUCGCUGCUGAUAACUCAACAGACGCACAGGGUGCCUGGCCUGUCGAAGGAGAGAUCGUAUUCGACGAUUUCUCAACGUCUUACAAGCCAGGUGUCCUGCCGCAAGUUCUUAUCAACGUCUCCUUUGUUAUAAAAGCUCGUGAGAAGGCAAGUUUCUGGUGGGUGCGAUACGCCCGUAUUAGAGCAACAUAAGUUCUCAUUACUACCACGGUUUAGCAGAUCUGUCUUCGUUAAAAAAAUCCUGAACCAUCACCGCUGCAGGUAGGCGUGGUGGGUCGUACAGGAGCCGGCAAGUCGUCGCUCAUUCUC